AUGUUUGGGCCUGAGGUAUUGACUGGACUCCUACCUGAUGACUACAUAGCACAUUAUUGUAUGCUCUCAGCUGGGGUUAGGAUUUUACUCCAAGAUAAAAUAUCACCAACUGAACUGGGCCAUGCAGCAGCACUACUUUACAAUUUCUAUGAUCUCCAAGAGUCACAUUAUGAGGUGCAGCAUUUCCUACACAUUGACGGAACAACUUAUGCAUCUAUUAAAAACCUGGAGAUGGAAACUGAUGUGUGGCUGAUGAAAUUCCCUGUCCCCACAUCAACAGCACUUAGAGAAAACACUCUUCAUUACACUAAGAGAGUGCGUCAAAGGAAUGAAACUGAAACAUUGAUUGAAGUGAGAACAAUUACAGAACACGUUGUGAGACUACAAGUCCAUGAAAGCUCCUUAAUAGUUCACAUCCCAAACCAUGUGGAACAUGAUUAGGAAAACA